AUGGAAGUCCCCAUCGUUUUUAUCUUUACGUUAACAGCUGAAAUGGAUGAAAUCAUCGCCGGAUUGAAGAACGCAACGCUGGAGAAAAGUUCAGAACGUGCCCUACCCUUGCUGAAGCAAAUUUCCGACGCGGAAACGAACCUCUGUGAUAAAUACGACAUUAAGAACGAUCUGCUCGAGCUGAUGCAGUUGAACAAUGUGAGCGUGCAGAUACAGGUGGCCCGUUGCAUUGCCGAGGUGGCAAAAACCGAUAAUCAAAGAACCAAAUUCUCGAAGGAGGACGUCAUCUGCCGGCUGACGGAAUUGCUACAAGUUCCGGCAAGUGCGAAGGAAAGCACCGCAAAAGACGCAUCGCUCGAACUGGCGACACAAAUUUGCCGAGCGUUGGGCAACAUUUGCUACGCAAACGAUGACGCACGGAACAUCAUCAAAGAGCUUGGUGCGGAUAAGCAUAUCUUUGCGCUACUCGAUUACGACGUGAAUACGGACGAUGAGGAUCGCGACCAGUUCGUACGCGUGCGGUGUGGUCUCAUUUCGAACUACCUCCUGGGCAGUGAUGAGAUUGCCGAACGGGCGGUUGAGCUAAAGUUGAUUGAAAAGCUGGAAAAGAUACUGACCCGCUGUUUGGCGGAUGUUGAUCAGCAUGAGGAGCUGCUGUUGAGCAUUCUGCCUCCGCUGAGCAUCUUAACCGAGCAGAUAAGCGAUCUGUACUUUGCACCGUCGCUGAACAAAACGAUCGCAAAGAUAUUGGCCAAAUGUACCAAUCCGGAUAUUGCCGAAUCGUGUCUCGCUUUGCUACACUACGAGGCACAGAAUGACGAUGUUAAGCUGCUGCUGGCGGAGGAAGGCCUCUGUGAAACGAUCUACCAGUUGUUGGAAAAGUACAAAACGUUUGCCAACACGGACGAGGCUCGUGUGCUGAUGAAACUGGCUUGCGAUUUGAUAGUCCUCAUACUGACGGGAGAUAAAUCGAUGCACUAUCUCUACGCAACGCCGUUGCUGAAAUGCAUGGAAGAUUGGCUGGAUUCGUACGAUGUGGAGCUGCUGACUACCGGCGUGCUUGCGCUUGGCAAUUUUGCCCGAACGGACAGUCACUGCAUUCAUAUGGUGGAGAAGAAAAUAAUGCACAAACUGCUGUCAAUCUUGGCAAAAAACAAUGGAACCGAACACCAGAUGACGCUGCAGCACGCGCUACUAAGCACGCUAAAAAACUUGGUAAUACCGAGACCGAACAAGGCCGCCGUUAUAGAGGCGGGUUUGGUGGACAUCAUAUUGCCAAUGCUGGAAAUACACCAAGCGCCAGUAGUGUUCAAACUGCUCGGCACAUUACGCAUGACCGUCGAUGGACAAGAAAAACUUGCCUCGGAGCUACUGCAAAACGAGAAGCUAGUCAAACAGCUAGUCCACUGGAGCCAAACGUCGGAGUUCACGGGAGUGCUCGGUGAGUCGUUGCGAUUAAUGGCCUGGUUGAUCAAACAUGCGUACCGCCAGAAGGAAUCCGAUCAGCAAACGAUGGAUGAUACCGGUUUGCGGAAAUUCGUAACGAUCGAGGGAGCUGUCGCUAGCAUGGUCGGGAUGCUCGCGUCAACACACCUGGUGAUGCAAAACGAAGCGCUGAUCGCGCUGAGCAUUUUGACCACCAUUUUCCACAACAAAGCAGCAACCGAGAGUAACGCACUGGAUGCGCUGCUGAUACAAGCCGGCGUCGGUUCGAAGAUUGCCGAACAGAUCACGCUGAACGGUGAAUCGAUGACGAAAGAGCUAGUGGAGAAUUUGCAAACGUUCGUGAAGCAGUUGCAAUCGUCGAACGAUGCGCUGGGGGCGCAUCUGCGGGAACAUAAUAUAGAGGAGCUGCUGAAAACCAUACCCAGCAUGGUGGAGUACUGUACGCUUUGA